CCAUCAACCUUAAUGUCACUCACACUUGUGUCCCUAUGUAAAUAUCAUUUUCCACCCUUUUCAAAAUAUCUUCUUAAACCUCAAUACUAUUUUUUUUUUUUUUUAUUAUUCAGUGUUCGCUUCUUCAUUCCUUGAGCUUCAACUUCAACUUCAACUUCAACCCCCAGUUUUCAGCUUUGCAAGUUUUCCCAAAUUUUCAUUAUUUUUCCCUUUCCUAUGGGUUGAUGCAUCCUAUUCAAGCUAAUUCAGCUUGAACUAGGUGGUGGGAUUUUCCGAAUUCGUCGAAAUAAACAGUGUUCUGCUUUUUCUCUUUGUAUUUUCAGUUUUUGGAUUGGAGAUUCAGGAACUGGGUGUGAGAUGGGGACUGCUUCGACUUGGGGGUGUCAUAGACAUACUUGUGAGCAAUCUUGAAUUUGAAGGCAGCUGUUGAUUACUUAAAUUCCUGAAAGACAUGUGGUGUCAGCCUUCUUUCUGUUGAAAUGAAGAACUUGCAGAGCACGGAAGAAUUACAGUCUUCAACUCAAGCUUCUCAUGAGCCCAAAAGUGAACAACUAAACAAUCACACGACUGAUGCUCCUGUUACAGACACGGGUUCAGCAUCUGCUUCAAGUAAUGACAGCAAAAAGGUUUCACGGCAGGAUAUUGAGUUUGUCCAGAAUUUAAUAGAAAGGUGCCUACAGUUAUAUAUGAAUAAAGAUGAAGUAGUUAAAACACUACUGACUCGGGCAAAGAUAGAUCCUGGAUUCACGACUCUUGUAUGGCAGAAGCUGGAAGAAGAGAAUGCUGAUUUCUUCAGGGCCUACUAUAUCAGGCUAAAAUUGAAAAAGCAAAUACUUUUAUUCAAUCAUUUACUUGAGCAUCAGUAUCAUCUGAUGAAGUGUCCCAUGCCUGCAAAGGUUCCAUUGGCUCCAAUUCAAAAUGGAAUUCAUCCAAUGCCUGUUAACAACCUACCUAUGGGAUACCCAGUGCUACAGCAGCCUCCCAUUCCAGCAACAGGUCAACCUCAUAUUGACUCCAUGGGUUGUGGCAUAUCAAGUUGUCAUGUAGUUAAUGGAGUCCCUGCCCCUGGCAACUUUCAUCCCAUUCGGAUGAAUUCUGGGAAUGAUAUGGUGAUGGACCACAGUGCUCCUGAUAUGGUUCCUGUUAUUCCACCAAAUGGAGCUAUGUCAUCCGUCUCAGAAAUGCCAGUGAGUCCAACGUCAGUAGCAUCCAGUGGUCAUUUCCCCUUCACUGCAUCAGAAAUAUCAGGAAUGGGCCCAGAUGCAUCAGCUCUUGAUACAGCAUUUACAUCAGAUGUGGCAAGUUCAGUUGGACUACAGCUUGCACCAGAUGGUGGCACUGGAAUUUCCAGAUCCCUGGAUCAAAUUCAAUGGAACUUUAGCCUAUCUGAUCUAACAGCAGAUUUGCCAAACUUGGGAGAUCUAGGAGCUCUGGGAAACUAUCCUGGUUCACCAUUUUUGCCAUCUGAUUCAGACAUUUUGCUUGAAUCUCCAGAUCAACAGGAUAUAGUGGAUGACUUCUUUGUUAAUUCUGAGCCCCCUUGCUCUCAAUCCGACGAGGAGAAAUCUUGAGGUGAGACAAGUUGCAUGUUUCGCAUUAAUUGUUAGGUUAGGGAAAAUUAGGAUUAAUAAAUGUCAUCUAGCUUACUUGGCAUAAAAGGCUUACUGUUAAGUGUAGGCAGCCUGAUCUGUAUCAUCAGGAUGAAGAUAGAAUGUCAAUUGUUACCUUUAGUUGUAAUCUUUUGCAUUCUUUUGAGAAAUCUUUUAUCAGGAAGAGUUGGUAACAGUGUUUAGGAUGUAAUUGAUUUUAUGAAUUUGGAUAUAUAUAUAUUACUUGGGUCAUUGUCAGUGCAAAAGUUGAUGCGAUAUCUAAUUCAGAGUUUCAAGGAAAUAUUUUAUUCCCUUGACACCCCAAUGGUGCCAAAUUACAUGUCAUAACAACAUGACAUGAUUGCAAGUUAAUCUAAUAACAG